UCCAACCAGUGUAGGGUGCCGCCUUGAAGUCUGAGGCACAGACACAAUAUUAUCCUUGUUUCUUGUAACACAUCAAAGCCUCUCAACUAGUCAAGGACUUAAAGAGGCUGAUGUUAGUAAGAUUAGCUGAGAUCACCUGUCAAGUAAACAAGCCAGCCGAGAACGACGAUCAAAGUUGAUGUCACUUCAGUGAAGGGACCAGGCUUGUCCUGUGGGGUCACCUGCAGUUAUGAAUGUGAACAAUGAUGUGGAAAAGCUUUUAAAUGGUGAAGGACUAGAAGUGAACGACGAGUUCGAUUCGGCACCCGCAGAGGUCCAAGCAGUUGCCUUGAGGAAAACGAUAACCUACAUCGUCAGCGCUGUCAUCUUCAAUGAAAAGAAUGAGGUGCUCAUGGUGCAGGAGGCCAAGGAGAAUUGCUACAAACAGUGGUACCUUCCAGCUGGCCGUAUGGAAGAGGGAGAGAGCAUUGUGGAGGCUAUGAGAAGGGAAGUGAAGGAAGAGGCUGGAUUCGACUGCAAACCAAUCACCCUGGUUCUGGUCCAAGAACAGGGGCCACAGUGGAUCCGAUUUGUUUUCUUGGCGGAGAUUACAGGAGGCUCCCUGAAGACGACAGCAGAGGCUGAUGCAGAGUCUCUCCAGGCUCAGUGGUGGGACCAAGACUCCCCACUCACCUUGAGGGGUCGUGACAUCCUCAGACUCAUCGAUACCGCCCUGAAAUACCGAAAGAAGCCUUGGCAUCCUGUGGUUCACCCUAUAGACAUGUGCUGCCAUGUUGUUGUACAGCGACUUCUCCUCACCUUCAGCAGCUCUGAUGGGGUGCUUUGGCUCCUUUUGGGCAACAUUAAGGACCUGCACCUCCCUGUGGCUGUGUCUGUGAAAACCCACACAGUCACAUGGGCGGCCAACACAUUGGUACAAGAGGCCAUGCCCUCCUCCUACUACGACCUCAACGUCAACACAAGGGGAAUCCUGGGACUACAGCACAAUGGAAGGGUCCCUGGGAAGACAGAUGGACUCUGCUUCAACACAGUGGUGUCUUUAGAACACACUGGGGAGGGGCCACACACCAGUCAACCACCACUGAUCGAGAGCCCUCGCUUUCAGUGGUACAAAGUGGAGAAUCCUCAGCUAAGAGACAAGAUUCAGCAGAGAAUAAUUACUGAGUCCUUCCUUCCAGUGCAUAGUCUCUACUAAGGAGCGGGUGAAAUGACAUUCCAAAAACAAUAGACUUUUUACUUGAAGAUGAUUUUGGGAAUGCAUUAGGAAUGUGUGGGGCAAGUACCCGUCUAUGAGCGGCCAAAAGACAUGUACCUUUGAGCAGACAUUACUACAGGUGAUAUUACGUUUAUCAAUUUGUACACCAUUUGUCAUUUAGCAAACACUCUAAUCCAGAGCGACUGACAUAAGUGAGUACAUUUUCAGACUUUUUCGUACUGGUCCCACCUGGGAAUCGACCCACAACCCUGAUGCUCUACCAACAGCCACACAGGACCACCAUUCAGAAAACUGCUGGAAAAGAUUGAAAAACAAUGUGGAAAAUGGACUGCAAUUCAGAAUAGGGUCUACAACCUUUUGAUCAAAUGUUCAAUCAAGUCUUCUAUUAUUCAUCUACCACUCAUGAUCUAGCUUCAUGAUAUGAUCCAUUUUAGAUAAGCCACAUGAAAUCUGUAAUACCCAUGGCAGAAAAAUCGAAUUACUGUUAUGAAAGCAUGACGUUAGGGCAAGCACAGGGUGGCUUCUGACAGAGUACGAAGCAAAAAUAAUCUCUUCAGCUAUCACAGUGUAGGAGAGGGACGCAAACUUCAAUGCAUUAUAUUUGGUUGCACUGCUGCUCAUGUCGCUGUGUCUGUUUUAAAAUACAGAAAACCAACUCUUAGUAAGCUAAAUAGUUUGAGGCUCAUCUCAAUUGUUAAGUUGCAUGAUCAUACUUUACAAAGACUGAUGUUUAAAACAAUGUAUUAAGACCCAUGUGUAUAAAGACCCUGGUCCACAUAGGACACCAGACAUCACUUCAACACAGAAAUAAAAUGUGAGAAAAGGUAA